AUGAGUGACUCAUCACACAUCCAGCAUACCGAUGUCCUGAUCUGCGGCUCUGGGUCCGCCGGGCUGACAGCAGCCCUCUGGCUCGCGAAGUACGGUGUCGCCUCCCGUGUCCUUGAGCGCCGCAACGGUCCGCUAGUUAAGGGACAAGCUGAUGGAGUCCAGUGCCGCACAGUCGAGAUAUUCGAAAGCUUCGGUCUGUCAGAUCAACUUCUCCGAGAGUCAUAUCAUGUGCUAGAGCUUGCCUUCUGGGCCCCGGACGAGGGGACUGCUUUGAGCGAUGGUGAAAAAGGGGGCAUAAAGUGGUCUCAUUACGCGCCUGAUACGGAACCCGGUUUAAGCCACCAACCUCAUGUGAUUCUCAACCAGGCUCGCAUCAAUGAGAUGAUCACGAGAGAGAUGCUGAGAUGUGGCGGCGCAGAAAUCGACUAUGGAUACGAUGUGAAAACGGUACACGUCGACAACGAGACGUCGAAAGACCCGGAUUCGUAUCCAGUGACGGUUACAGCCUUGAAAGAUGGAGUCGAACAGAUAUUUAGGGCCAAAUAUGCUUUGGGUUGCGACGGAGCGCAUUCCGCUGUUCGCAAAGCUCUGGGCUUUAAAAUGCUCGGCGAUUCCACAGACGCGAUUUGGGGGGUCAUGGAUCUUUACCCUCGAACCACGUUUCCGGAUAUCCGCAAGAAAGCUGUGAUACAAUCAGUGAGCGGCAACUUGAUCAUCAUUCCUCGCGAGGGCGACUCUCUUGUUAGGUUUUACAUCGAACUGCCAUCGGAUACUGUUGCCAGCCGAGUCACAUUGGAAGACUUGCAGCAGCGAGUCAAAUUAAUCUUCCGCCCAUACGAUAUGGAUAUCGCAGAGACGACGUGGUGGUCUGCAUACCAAAUUGGACAGAGACUCGCGGAUAACUUCCACGAGCAAUACAGAGUCUUCCUGACCGGCGAUGCGUGCCACACGCACAGCCCAAAGGCAGGCCAGGGGAUGAACGUCAGCUUGCAGGAUGGAUACAACAUCGGGUGGAAACUUGGUUCUUAUCUUACUGGGCAGGCGAAUCAAGAACUGAUCAAGACGUAUGUCAGCGAGCGGCAGCAGACUGCAGCAGAAUUGAUCGAAUUUGAUCGCAUGUGGAGCAAAAUCUUCAAGUCCGGAGUCAACGGCGCUGGAGCAGACUAUGUGCGAGAUCAGUUCGUUAAAGCCGGAAGAUACACCGCUGGCCAGGCAUACAAGUACAGCAAGUCCAUAAUUACAUGGCCUACUGGGAGGAAUGAAAAGACGAACGGCGUACCCGUUGCUCAGCAGAAGUCGGAAUUGGUCGUGGGGAUGCGCUUCCCCAGUGCGCAAGUUGUGAGGUACAGUGAUGCAAAAGUGCACCAACUCUUGAGCGUGCUGCGGUCGGAUCGACGAUGGAAGGUCGUCGUGUUCGCUGGGGACAUCCAACAGGAGGAAACAAGAAAUCGUCUAGACGAAGUUGCUUCAAGCCUUGAGUCCACAGUCAGCGCUUUCACGGGCAGAGAUAGAGACGCGGACAGUGUCAUUGAGUGCCUACUAGUGCUCGAGACAAGAAGAACGGGGAUUGAGUCACACCACAUCCCGAAGGUUUUCAAGCCUUUCACAGGGAAACAUAUGAUACAAAGUUUACACAAGGUAUUUGUGGACGACGAAAGUUACAACUCUGGGCACGGCCGCGCCUUUGAUACGAUUGGCGUUGACCACGAAUCAAUCACUAUUGUUGUGGUUCGGCCCGACCAAUAUGUCUCGACGAUUGUUCAAGAUCAUGAAGUCGGAACCCUGCAGGCAUUCUUCGAAGGCUUCUUGAUAGCACGGGCUUAG